GAAGUAGCAUUAAGAGAACGGCAUUUACAAUUAAUAUGCUGUACACAAGCAAAAGUACAUCGAAGGCAAUUAAAAGCAAAACACCGGGGGUCUCAGGUCGACAGACCGCCCAACACUGCAGGUCUGCUAACAUUAUACAGUGCAAAAAAAAAAUCGUGCUUCUGUAAAUGUAAAGUGUAAACUGUGCUCAGCAAAAUCCAAAACAUUAUCUAAAUAAAUGCACUGAUGAAUAUCUGCCCGUGCAAUAAAGGGCACUUGCAAGCUCGAAGACGAAGCACUUUAUUCACGCUCAGUCCGCGAGAAGUUCCGUUAGUUCCGGCUGAUUCGUCGAUGCUUCCAUGGCAACGAUGCUGUUUACCAGUCUUGAAAUGGAUAAUGGGGAAAAUCUCUGGGACUCCCUGGAAUCAGAUACUGAGAGCCUUGCCCAGGAGAAGCAAAGACGGAAAUAUCGGAAUGAAAGAAUUCAGGGUCUGGGUGUGGAGGAGAACCUCGUCUGCAGACAGGAAGCUGGUGAUGAUGGCGAUGGGGAGGAGGAAGAUGAGGACGAUCACUAUAUAUAUGAUAGCCUAGAUAUGGCAGUUAAGAAGGACAACAACGCUGGAAUCCAUCAGGUACAGCAGACAAAAGGUGGAAAUGAAAGACAGAACAAUCUCAAAGACGAAUAUGCAGAUCUGAGAUAUGACCCCAACUGGAGGACCAACUUCGGGGGAGCUGAGUUCUUUGAAGAGAGGAAUGAACAUUUUCCGUCGGGUGAGGAAUCUCAUCUGGACGAGGUGUCUGAAGGAGAUCCUUGGGAGAUGAGAAAAAGUGUCAGGCCGGUAGAGAAGAAAGGUAUGUCUGUCAGUGGACGUGUUCCCAUAGUGGCCUUCAAGACUGAGACGGCAGGUGACUCUUUGUCAGCCAAAUCAAAGAUUCCCAUGACUCCUUACCAUCUUCUGGAGCAACAGUGCUUAGGGACUCAAGCAAAACUGCUGUCAUCCAGACAUCAAUGGUCUUCUGAAACUUUGGAUCAAGAAAUCGGUGAUUACAACAGCAGCAGCUGUAAUCUCGUAAAAAACCAAAAACCUUCAGACGCAGAGCAGAUUUAUUUCUCUAAAUCACAUGUCACUGUUGAAAACAGUAACGGAGGAUGUCCAGGGAGGUACGAAUCCUGUAAACAAAACUGUACACAAGCCAGCGAGAGAACCAAGACGACGAGGAAUGGCAUUCUACCCAAACUUAAGCACUCCCAACAGUCAUCAACUCCGAAGGAACCAGCAGCAAAGCAGGACAUUGUAGAGAAGAACAAGAGGACCCUGGGGGUCAGUGCAGCCCAGCAGGGGUCAUAUCUUUGGACACACAAGCAAAGAGGAGGGAAAGCUUAUGACAAGCAGAAGGUAUCAGAAACUGCUGAAGAUGUUUCCAGUAUCGCCAGCCAGGGGAGCAGAGGAGAUGUCAUUGACGCUGAACACAGGUGGCAACAGCAAGCCCAGGAGCUGAAGGGUCUCAACAACAAAGAUGUCCUGAAGUCCGAAAGACUGGCUCGUAAUGGCCGGCCAGGGAAAGCAGGUGUUCUAAGACCCCCAGCUGUUGGGGACAGGCAGAACGUACAUGAGCGUCCAGAGUCCUCAGGCCUUGGCCAUAUUCCCACGACCCGAGAGCACUUCCAAGGCCAUGCAGAGGUUCUGAUCAUCGAUGACGAGGAUUCUGGCAGCGUGUCGGGUGUAUCCUGGUUCUCCGCACCCCCUGCUCCCCACAGACCACCGGCACUCGCCCCGGUACGCAGGAGGAUUCCCAGCGUCAAUCGGAAUGUUGGCCUCAAGAUGCCCACUGAUGUCAUGCCAUUCCUAAACCACGGUCCCCCUCAGGCUGGUACUGGCCCCUUUAUCCCUUGGGGCCCCCCUUGGGCCCCUCCCUGGACAGAUGGUCCGGGCAUCUAUCACCUGCGUCUGGUGAACGAACAUUUUGAUGAGCAGCCAAGCUCUCCUCAGAUGGUUCCUUACUACGCCCCCAAACUAUUAGCUCAUUCUUCACGUGCAGUGCUGCCACCACCUGCUCCCACCCGUGACCGAGCUUCCGGCCAGCAACGUUUGGGAAGGCAUUUUCCACAUCAGGACAGUGGUGGAACUGAACACUGUGGAACAGUAUUGUUUGUGAAUCAAGAUGCUUCCUUCACCAAGAAGACAGACCUCAGCAGGGCAAGGAUCUUGCCCACAAAGCAGUCAGCCACUCAUGAAAGCCAUCAAGAUGACCCAGGAGAUCACUAUACCACGCUUCAAUACGAACACAACUGCGAGCCCAACACCAGACACACACCUCUGGACACAAGGCCCUACCUGGUGCUGCCUCCUAUUGGACAGCCAGCAGGGGGCGACGCUGAGCACUUUAGCACAAUACGCAGAAGUAGCUCUGAGGGCUACCUCGCACAGAUGGAGAAACAGAAGAAACUGAAAGAAAGAAUGGGGUACAAGGCCUAUACUCUGAAAGACUAUAAAAGCCUACAGAAGGAUAUUAAGCUCGGAGGACUGGGACCGAAUUAUGAAUUAGCAGAAAUUACAGUGGAGAAAAUGCGACGACGGAGGUUAUAUUCGAAUGCCGUCCGUGAACAGAACAGGGAAAUGAGCAGGAACCUGGCUCUGCUGGCUAAACCCCCUGUGGGCAGAGAGAACAAGGAUCUGCUUCCCAGAAGGAAGGCUUUGGAAUACGCAAGGACCAUUCCGAAGCCUAAAUUGCCCCCACAGCCAAAGAAGAGAGAGUUUCCUAUGAAGGAGAACUUCACUGAGCAUGCCCAGUACCUGGAGGACCUAGACAUAUCCCAGCUUGUGGCACUGGAGAUGUUACAGAAGCGUCACGAAGAAGAAAAGAAGGCUGUAGCCCAUUUCAGAGCCCUGCCCACAAUGUAACCCCAUAUGCAUUAAGUCUGAACAUAGGCAAUACGAUUUGUACAAGGACGUCUUCCCCUUUAUGUUGCAGCUCUAAUACGGGUUCUGUAAGCACUUAAAAUAGACAUCCCUCACAGCCUUAAAUAAGCUGAUAGUAAUUCAGGUUAUAUAGCUUCUUUAAAUGAUUUAUAUAGAAUAAAAACUAGUGAAUCAGCUGAAAAUGUAUUAUGUUUGCACACUUACAAUGUUUGGAUGUUAAAUGUACUGCAUGUAAAUGAUGUAUAAUUUAAAUGUUAUAUUUAGUUCAAUCUAUAAGAAUUUUAAGGCAUUUUGUUGGUUAUUGUAUAAAUUAUGAAUUAUGAAUUACACUAGAUUUAAAAAAGGUGUUUUUGCAGUAAGUAAUGAACAGGAAGGCUCAACGAACUACAAAACUACAGCUUUGUGAUUUUGUGGUCAUGUUGUGAGUUUGAUCACAGUAUGAAUGCAGUAAUUAUAGUUCAAAAGAAUGAAAAAAUGUUGUUGUAUCAUAAAUUACUAACUGUGGUAUAACAAGAUUGGUUUCACAUUUUAAGAGUAGAGGAAAAGCACAAGAUAUAUUCCGGCACGUAAAUUGAACCAGAAAUCAUUAUUUUAUUAACUUAAAACAUUUAUGAAAAAAAAAUUGCUUUAAAUGGUCACCCUGAUCUGUGUUUAGAUGUGGUUAGUGGCUCAAUGGGUAACACUUUCACUGUUACACUUCCAGGGUUGGGGGUUUGAGCUCUGCCUGAUGUGAGUUUGUGUCUUUUCUAUGUGUCGCAUGGGUUCCCUGGUUUGUUCCUGCAGCCCAAGGACAUGCAGUUACCUGUACGUGUCUAGGGGUGGACUGCAGCCUCGUGACUUAUUCUCCCUGAAAAAACUGUACAGGGGGGUAUUGUACAAGGAGGAUUUGUUAGUUAGCUGGAUAACAUAAGCCAAACAUAGAAAGCGUCCAAGAGGAGGAGAGCAAAGUAACAUUCUUAAUGGACAAUCAUUACAUUUGGCUUAAGUUACCUGGCUAAUGAACCCCCCCCCCCCCCAGACCAUGCUAACCAUGAUAAGUGCUUAGAAGAUGCAUGUUAGCCAUUAAAACAGUAGGUGGCGUAAUGACCAAAGGUUUACAGCCACCUGAUAAUUCUCCGAAGAAACGUCACCUACCUGUGCACCUGAGGUGCUGCCCUUUCUCACCCCCGGAGGAUCCACAUGGCUCUGAAUCACAUUUGCCAUUUUACAGGACAUUAAGAUUUUUUUCCCCAGUUCAAAGAUAUCGGAAGUGCUUGGGUAUAAAAGGUCACGCUGGCUUGAGAUGAAUAGCCAGUUGUUCUGUUCGCCAGUCCAGGUCCACUGCACUCAUCCUUUCACUCUGCACACACCUGGCUUUGCUGCUGAUCUAAAAUAAUCGACAGUCUUUGGGCGGCUCCUGAUUUUACGUCUGAAUUUCCUUUUUCAUGACCCCCUCUCAUGUCGAAAUAAAAAUAGGUCAAACAAUGAUGGCACUUUGAAUGCAUUCAGAUUAGAUCCUACAAACUUGUUUUCUGUAUUUUAAAGUGAUAAUUUCCCCCCCAUAAAACAAUCUCAAGCACCUAUUUCUUUAAUGGAACCUUUAGAUGAUUAUCAAAGAGCUAUUUACUCAUAUGUAAUAUUUUAAUUAGAUUAUAGUCUCUAUUUAACCCAUCAUGGGUUCUUUGAAGCUGUCUGUUUUUAGUGUUAAGCUUCACAUACGUAGGGUAAUAAAUUCCGGACCUUUUGAAUUAAUGAGAAAUGCUGCCUUUCCAGGCCAAGUCUCUUUAUAUCUUUUUAUUUUUUCCACUGGCAUAGAAUUCAGUUAAUUGAAGGAGUCUAUCACCACCACACAUGAAGGAGGAUGAAUUAGCAUCCCUUUUACCGAUUGGAAAGCCCGGGCAGACGCGCUAGCUUUGAUCUGAGGACGACAGUGAAGUAGACGGCAGCUCCCUGAAAAUGACCUGAUGGCCUGGCUAUUAGCUGAAAAUGCAGAUACGUCCAUGUGUUGCAAAAUGCUUAAUCUUUUAAUUGAUCACCUUUCACGCUACCUAUUCUCUGCCCGCUUUUUAUUUUGUCAGUUAAUCAGAAUCACAUUUUGAAAUUGGAUGAAUUGCUUUUCAAAGGGAAAUGCGCUGAAUGUCCUAAUUGAAAGAGAGAGCAAAAAAACAGACUUAUUAAUGUAAACCUCCCAAAUUAAUGUAACUACCUCCUGGUACAUAUUUAAAUGACUAAAGUUCUGUAAUGACCGCUAGUUACGACCAUGACCCGCGUCGUGUGCAUAUGUGUUUAAAGGAGCUUUUCAAAAGAAACGCGAAGUGUACACCUAACACCGCCGAUCACCUUUUGAUGUCUGGACUAAAUACUAAUGCAAAUGUUUUCCUUUGGUUGCAAAAGGAAUAGAUGCAAUUCAUUAGCAAAUUUGAGGGACAUUAUUGAACCCUUUUUCUACCGCGUAUAACGAAACAAUGUAAGACUAAAUAAAUACAUAAAAGAAUCGGGCAAACACAACCGUAAAUUUUAAAAUGUGUCAUACUCGUCCUUUAUUCUUUUCAAAGUGGAUACGUACGCACGUGCAGCUACCGACUUCUGUGGCGGAAAAGUCAAAUAUGAUUUGUAUAUUAAAUCCUGAUUUGUUUUAAUUAAAAAUGCAUGCUAAAUGUGUACUAUUGUGUAAAACGCUAUUUAUUAGUCGAUACUA